CUACCUAUCCUACUGCGUCUUACCUCCCAAUACACCGUAGCACACAAAACGGACUUCUUCCUCGUUACUUCGACCGCAUUCGAAGGGACCGUAUUUGCGGGGCCCCGCACUGCCGAAGUGCCGCACCGCUCGCCAUGGUCGACGCACGCGACAAUACCCACAAGUUGCUCUCCAAGAACCGCUGGCGGACCAAGUUCCUCAACGCCGACGACUCUGCCGCCAAGUCCAAGGCCAAUCAUGACGACGACGUCAACGACUUCCUGAAACCCUCCACCGAUAAGGCUCAGGCGCACAAGCAGGCCGUUGCCGCCGCCUUCCUCGCCAAUGCGAAGCCUCGGAUUGACGUCGCCAGAGCACAACGAUGGCCCGCCGCCAGCGACAUAGUAAACAGUGCGGCGGGGAGGAGCCCAAAUGCUGGCGCUAUGAAGACGGGCUCCAGGAAGAAGGCCGUGAGCGUCAGCUUUGCUCGCACACAGCCAGACAUCAUCGGCGAGGGAGGGGACGAGUGCGAGGAGCCCUCCAUUGAGGUAUCAAGGAGGAAGUCCAAUAGUUUGUCACGGCCAGACAAGGACCAAGUGCACACGCACCAGGAUGACAUGAAUCUGGGCACCCAGACAUUCGAUCAUGCCAAUAGCAUGAACAAGGAGGCCGAGCGGAAAGGCAUUGUUACCAGGACCCUCACUUCGCGUCACGAACUGUCGCCUCCGCUCCAGAAGAAGAUGGAAAUGGGCCGCAUCAAUACACAUGCCAGUCCACCUCCACCCCCUACACGAGGCCUAGGCCCCAUGGGUCUGGGCGAGAGGCCCAGGUCGCUGCAACGGGCACCCACUGGAUUCGACACCGCACAGGACAGCGGUGCCGGGAGGCCGAGCUUAGAUUCCACCUACUCACACGAUUCCGACAACAUAUCUCCGGUGGUUCCCAAGAAAACUCCCACUUUACCGCCAACGGCCGAAGAGGACCCAGGAUUUCGUCCCAUCCAGCGAACUGCAACUGGAUGGAGCGAAAAGAGCGCCUCUUCGGACCGUGAGCCACCACCACCACCGCCACCUCAUCUCCCUGAACUGGGCUUGAAGGAUGAUGAUUCCCCGCUAGAAUCGGUGCCGAACAAGUAUCUGCAAAGCGAGCCCACAGAUCCCAAUUCUUUCUCUGCAAGACUUAUUCACAAGAUGCGGGCAGAUGAGGGGAGGGCUCUGCAUGAUGCUGCUGCCCGGCGUGCCGCCGAGAAGUCCGCAGGGGACUCGGGUUCUGAUUCCGACUCCAAAGCAGCCUCCGCGAAUUCGAGCACUUUCAAUGUGGGGACCCCGCCUACUCAGUUCAACAUUCCUCUUGCUGGCAAAACGCCUCCAAGACUGCCGGGACGAGCUGGCCCUCAAGCAUCGUCGUUACCCCGCAGAGACUCGGAUGUAGAAUACAAAGCAUUUUCAGCUGGCCCUGCCCCGGGCCCGCCAUCCGCCAGGAGACCUAUGCGUUCGGAUGUUUAUGCUAUUGAUACCAAUACGCGACCCGUCUCUCCGUCUUCUUCACAGUAUACCUUACCUUCAGCAACCUCUAGGACUAGGGCGUCACCUCCAAACCGCAUAGACCCAGCGUCUGCAACCAGCACCACAUCCAAUCUACCAAUGCCGCCGGACUAUGAACGAAGAGAGUACAAAGAUCCGAAAGACGAGGCUCCUCCCGUACCGCCUGCCCAUAGAUACGCUCCUUACCAACGGGUGGUUCCUGCUAACGACGCACGGCCCGAUUCCAGGCAAGAUUCGGAACGUUCGCGAGCCCCGGGGCGCUCAGAUACGAAGUCGCAAGCAGAACUGGCUUUUGCCGACUUCUCGGAACGUGUGCAGCACAUGAAGGGCAUUUUCGUACUGACAGCACAACUUGCUGGACCCUUAUACGAUCAUACGCCAACCCAGUGGCUGCGCGUCGCUAUCUGGUGGUUCUUAAGAGGACGCGCAGGCAUGGAAACCUUGAUUCGCAGUAGACCCAAAGGAGAGCCACACCAAGAAAGAUUGAUGCAACCCCACGUCGACCUUGCCAAAGCUUGGUGGAUAGUGACAGAGGUCUUGCCCAACCAUACCGGUCUGAGAAAAUACGGUGACCAACGUAUGGAAAAUCAAGCAGCGCUCGCCCGGGAUGCUGGAGAUCAUGCUUCGGCCGAUAUAUAUGAGGCAUAUGAUAGCAUUCUCCACAACCUGAAAAUGCUCCUAGGGUCAAUGCAGAGGCAUCAAAGUAUGCCCCCUACUCAAGCUCUCAUUCAAGGCCAGGACCAAGCCGUCUGGGUCGAGUACCCCAAGUUUGCACCUGAUGCGCAGAGCGUCCUAACUGGAACCGCCUCCAAAUCCGUUCUUGCCAACGGAUCAGGGCAGCGACAUCCCAAUCCUUCAAUGAUUAUGCCGUUAGGUGACACGAAAUCCGACUUUUGCUAUUUCCGCAUGUUCGCCAAUGUUUCGUUGUCUACCGACGACCCCAAUUCGGACCGCAUACCGCUGCCGGCGGUUAUCUCCGUGCUCCGCCCGAAAGACGACUAUCGGAUCAAGCUCACAGUAUGCAGCCAAACUGAACUGAUCAACAUCGUGGUGGGAUCCAAUCCGGACGGGGGUCCCACUUGGAGAGACAUGUCCUGGAGACCCAAAAGCCGGGGGUUGACCAUUCCACUACGCCACAAUUUCAAUCUCCUCAUCGACCUUAGCGAACAGGAUUUCCGCGGCCUGUGGUCGAUUGUCGACCACACCAAUCGAGUAGAGAGUAACCUACGUGAGCAUACCAACGAACGCCUGUCAGCCAAACUCUACCUUCGCGAUGUGAGCUAUGUCGACUCGUCGAAUCCGUCAGCGUUUCCGCCUGGACGUGUGCCCGGCUGCAAAUUACUGGUGUUCCGCAAGUUCGAACGGAGCAGCGAGGGUACAGGUAAGAGGAAGCUCCAUCGAGGAUAUAGGCUGGUUGUCGUCACUGGGACCAAGGUUCGGACUCUGAGCUGUGUGAAUCACGAGAUGGGAACGAACCAGGAACCGAUGAAUUUCGAAUACACCAAGGAUCCAGCAGACAACGCUCCCGGUAUGACGCUCAGAUUCAAGGAAGAGGCUGCAGAUAAAAGACGGAAGCUUUGCACCUUGAACAUGAUCUUCAACGACGUAAAAGAGAGAAAUGAGCUAUUCGGCACCUUCACCUCAAUGAACCAGGGUGAAGACGAAGCAGUCUUCGCACAGGUACCCCUGAAAGGCUUCAGUAUCGAGAGCGCGGAUCCAGCAGAAGGGUUCAGCCAAAGUGGUCGGGCCGUCCUUGAACGAUUUAAAUGGCUGGAAGCCAAGGUAUUGAACCAAGACCCCGAGGCUGCCGGCUUAGAGUCUGCGCCCACCGUUAUGAGCGAGAGUCUUAGGAUUGUAUGUCGGCAUAAUGCUGGCAUUAUUUCCGACCGGAUGAAUCUAGGUCCUGGUGAACUGCUGGUUCGGCUUCCUACCAACGGCUCCCCUGAACUCAGCCUGCUCCGCAAUCCACAGUACGACAUGUCGGUCGCCAUUGACCCGUCUCAUACCGACAAGGAUGUACCGGAUGCAUUGGCUGACCUUCUGCGGACGCUAACGAAUGCAUCGACGAUACGGACGCUGACCUUCAACUCCUUCAGCGAUCUCCACGCUUUCCAGCUAGCCGUGACAGGGUUCCAUGUGAAGUUUGAUGGCAUCGCCUCGACGUUCUCAGUCUCCCGCCGCCGCAUGGUCGUUCCCAUCUACAAGCAAUGGACCGCGAACACCAUCCGCAUCCAGGUCGUCGUCCAAGACAACAUUGUGCAACUUCUCGCCUUCUUCGAGGACUUCUCCCACGCUGACGCCAUGAACUUCCAAGUCAAAUCCAUGGACGUCUUCGAGAAGACGGAGAAGGGCGGAAAAGCCUGCGUGAGGCUCGUCGACGCCAAGUUCGCUCUUCCCGUCGAGGAGAGGCGGGGUGAAGGCAAGAUGGGUAAAGAAGAGGGAAGGAUAAGCGGGUGGGCAGGCAUGAAGAGAAGAUUUGUCUGUCUGGAUCAGAUUGAGUAUCCUGGCGAGCAUGAUGACAUUCUGAUUGCUUUUGACAGCGUCGAUACGCGAGAUCGUUUCGCCGAGGCUCUUCCUGCAGUUACGCAGGUCGGGCGCAAAUUCACGGUUCGCAGGAAGAUAUAGGACGGACCUGAGUAUCCGUGUUGCCUCCCCUUGCUCGGUUGGGCCGGACGGCCCCUGAGUCGUCGGCGAGCACACGGCGUAGCCCCCGGACUGGGCCAGUUGUAUUUUCUUUGAUCGUUCUGGCAUGAUCUGCGGAUGUGCCGUGACAUGUUGGCUUCUUCUUCAGUUCGAACUGAGGAGCAUCACAGGCGUGCAGUCAUAUCUUCGUUUUCGAGAUUUUUCCCGCUUAUCCGAGACCACGGGGCAAGAACCCCCUUGUUACCACGGCAUCUGUUUUCCUAAUCUGAACUCAUUUUUGCGGGUCUGUGGCCGGCUGGCCUGCAUUGAUUACCUACUACA